AAACAACCCAGUGUGAAGCUUUCCUUUUGAUAACUGUCAGGAUUAUAGUCAGAUCUCUGCUUCGCUGACAAAUGAACACUUCAAAUAACACAGCGGAAUCAGAGGAGAGUUUUUUGUCUGCCUUUGAGAAGUCUUUACUCGCUCCUGUUCUCACCACUGAGAUGGUAUUUGGUGUUUUGGGAAAUGCGCUGGUUUUGGUAGUCAAAGUUGUGUGUAAAGAGCAUUUUGAGUGCCGAUACUGGCUGCCGCUCUUCAGUCUCACGCUCUCGGAUUUCUUGUGUUCUGUCCUCAUCAUCUGCGGCUCUCUGUUAGCAGUGCUGAGCGCCGGUCAGGUUUCACCGUGGUGUGAGGUGGUGAGUCUGCUGAAGUUCACCUUCAUCACCUCCUCCAUUGGAAGCUUAGCUCUGCUCUGUGUUCAGAGGUUUAUAGACAUCCCAUCUAAAGGCACCAGACUGUCUGUGGUCAUGGCGAUAGCAUGUGCAGCAUCAUGGGCCACUGGAACCAUAUUUGGAGCAGUGCCAGUAGUUUAUGACUGGAUAAAGUAUGAUUCGGCUGAAAUGCUGUGCGCAGUCUUCUGGGAGAGCAGCUAUUCAGACAUGCUGGUUUACAUCCUCUGUGCUUUCUCCAUCUCCAUCUUCAUCCCGCUCCUCCUAAUCUUCUCCUGCUCCAUCCUCACGUGUGCAGGCUACAGGAAAGACUCCCGCAGUCGGGAAGACCUGUCCUCAAUCACACCACUGCUGGUGAUCGUCUAUCUCUUCUGUUACGCUCCAUUUGCUGCUUCUGAGUUGGUUCUUCUUGGCAGGCUUGAUCUGUCCCCGUCUCCAGCCUGGCUGCGGUCACUGUCGUCAGUAAUGGCGUAUCUGGACUGUUGUCUAAACCCCUUCAUCUACCUCACAAAUAAAGACUUCCGGCGAGCAGUGCUCAUUUUGAUGUGGCACAGAAGGAGAGCUACUUUUCCAGAGCCGGUGCUCACUGGCAUUACAAGGAUUGAACUUUGAGGAUUAUUAACAUGCAUUACAAUAUUUGAUUUGUUUUUGUGAAAAAAAAAAACGAUAAAAAAUAAUAAUAAAAAAUAAUUACUGCAUUUUUUACAUUGAUUUACAAAAGACAGCCAUGUCAUUCAUUGUAAAAACUUUUUAAGGCAUUUAUUUAAGUGCCAUUUGACAACAUGUAUUAAAAUACUCAUUUAUAUUAAAACACUGCCAUUUAAGGAUGACAGAUCAGCCCCAAAAUACAAAUUAUUCAAAAACUUAUACUUUGUCCUUCAAAACAAUAGAUUUAACCUAUUUGUUUACCCAUACGAUAAUUUUCUCUCAAGUAUUUAAUAAAUAUAAAGGUUUAAUUUGUAUAUAAAAAUGCAGCAUGGCAAUUAAAGAUAUUUUGACAUUUUAUUUUCACAAAUAAAUUACAAUCAUUUUAGUUUCACUAAAUUAGCUUUCUCAUUAGAUCUAUAGACACAAACACUUGACCCCAAAAUAAACAACAGUUGGAAGUUCUUAACUAAGGACUUGUGUGUAGACCUUGUACUUCAAUUUCCGUAGAAAUGGAGAGAAUACUGAGAAACUGACCAGAGUUCAAAUCUGAUCUGAAUAUCAUUACAUUAUUUCACAUUAAUUGCAAAGUUUCAGUCUGUUUGGAUCUUCAUUAAAGGAAUAGUUCAUCCAAAAAAAUAAAAAUUCUGCCAAACUCAUCCACCAUUUGUUCAAAACCGGUUUCUUUCUUCUUUUGAAUAUAAAGGAAGAUUUACUGAAGAGUAGGCAUGGGCCGGAAUAAGAUUCUGACGGUAUGAUAACCUUGGCUAAAAAUAUCACAGUAUCACGGUAUUGUGAUUACUGCUUUAAAAUAUGCUCUUUUUGAAAUGUUUGGGUAAAAACAAAAACAUUUUUCUCUUUUGAACACAAAAUAUUUCAUUUUUAAAAAACAUUUAAGAUAUUUUGGAGCAGUAAACAUGUCAGGCUAAAUAAUUCAAAUAAAUCAUUGACUUCUGUUGUCUUCAUUUAUUUCAAAAACAGAUAUUUUUACAAUUUAAAGUGGCAUGUUUGGAGAUCUCUGCUGGAGAUACUAUUUUUCCUUACAAACAAACAAACAAACAAACAAAAAAAAGUGAAUAAAAAACAAACACAUACUAUAGGAACGGUAUUGCAGAAAAUUUUAGUGGUUUUAAAAUCUUGACGUUUCCAAACCCUGGCAUACUUUGAUAAGUUAUGGUCCCAUGCCUACUGAAGAGAGCUGCUGGAAAAAAAGCAGCAAUUGACUUCCAUAGUAUGUUUUGUUACUGUGCUUUUCUCCAAACUCAGUGCAGGAGAGUUUAGCGUCAACCCUAAUCACACACACCUGAACCAGCUAAUCAAGCUCUUACUAGAAACUUCCUGGCAGAUGUGUUGAACCAAGUGGAGCUAAACUCAGCAGGACCACGGUGCUCCAGGACCGAGUUUGGACACCCCUGUCCAAGUUUAGUAUCAUUCGAGUUUAAGUAUAGCAUGAGGAAAUGUUCAUUUUUGGGUGAACUACCCCUUUAAAAUGAUGACCCGCUGGUUUUGCGAUUGUGUUCACAGUGAUAAUUACACAUCUGUAUUCUGUAGUAAUAUAGCUACGUGUGUCAGUGGCGUGACAAGCUAAUAAGUAUUUGUUAAUGCAAAGUUAAUUGUCUUCUAAGUACUCUGUUCUCAUUAAAUGUUACAAAAGAGCAUUUA